GUGUCACGUCACCCGGAAGCAGGAAGUGUUCAGGAGCUUGUUGUGAGUUGUCGUGGAGGCUUUGCUUCUGCUGUUGGUCUCGUCUUCCUGUUGGCCCAAAUGGCGAGCUUCGUGGGUCCGGGUCAGACCGGUCCGGGACUCCGGUGCUGGGCUCUGGUCCUGCUGAUGCUGGCGGAAGCGAACUGGCCGGUGGCGGCCGUGUCGGAACCGGGAAAGUGGGACCUGGACAUCAAUAGCGAUCUCCUGAAGAAGCAGAGUUACUUCUUCUACACUAAAACUCUGUUCAAUAACAGCAUGAUCAGUCUCAAAUUUAAGUCACAUAAUUGCAAUAACUCGUCUCAGCCGAGCCUGGACAUUUCCUGGUAUCUGAGGAGCUCGCGCUGCUACGACGAAGUCUUCAACCUGAACGUAAAGGGGGAUAAACGCUAUUUCACGUCGCUCAGCGUCGAGAGAGAAGGAGGAACUGGGUUCUAUUCUUCACACAAGUAUGAUACAAUCCACUGUGAGCCUAAUAAACUCAAGACUCAGUUGAACCUGAAUGACUUUGAGCCAAUAAAUCAGCUGAAACCACUGCAGAAACCACUGCAGAAGGCACAGUCAAGCACAGAAAACACUUCAGGGAAACGAAAGAGAGAGGCUCCAAAGCCAAAGUCAGUGAAGACGAACGAAACCGACAAAGAUCAAAAACAGGUUGGGAAUCCUGGUUUCGAUGCGGUGGCUCGGAGCUGGGAUGACGGACCCUACAUGUUCAUCCUCAAAAUCGAAGACAAGAACCAGCCGCCUGAUCCCAACAAUCAAUGGAAUCUAAAGCUCCAGAUCAGUAUGAAGGGUCCCCAUGGCUUUAUAUCAGCGUCUGAAUGGCCUCUGAUGAUGUUCUACAUGGUGAUGUGCAUUGUGUACGUGCUGCUCGCCAUGCUGUGGUUGGUUCUGUCCGCGUGUUACUGGAGGGACCUGCUCCGGAUCCAGUUCUGGAUCGGAGGCGUCAUUUUCCUGGGCAUGUUGGAGAAAGCUGUUUACUAUGCAGAGUUCCAGAGCCUCAGAGAUGAAGGCGUGUCAGUCACCGGGGCGGUGGUGUUUGCUGAGGUGCUCUCUGCAGUGAAGAGGACUCUGGCCAGAGUGCUGGUGAUCAUCGCCAGUCUGGGAUACGGCAUCGUCAAGCCGAGACUCGGCGCUCUGCUGCACAGAGUCGUUGGCGUUGGUCUGCUCUACCUGAUCUUCUCCAUCAUCGAGGGAAUCUUAAGAGUCAACGCUGAUCGAGGGGACAACACCAGCAGUAGAUUUUUGUGCGACAUAGUGCUGGCCUUCACUGAUUCCUGUGUUGUCUGGUGGAUCUUUGUGAGCCUGGCUCAGACGAUGAAGCUGCUGCGCCUCAGGAGGAAUGUGGUGAAGCUCUCGCUCUACAGACACUUCACCAACACGCUCAUCUUUGCUGUUAUAGCAUCGGUCAUCUUCAUCAUCUGGACCACGAGGACCUUCAGGAUGUCCAAAUGUCAGUCUGACUGGAGGGAGCUGUGGAUAGAUGACGCUUUCUGGCGUUUCUUGUUCUCCAUCAUCCUAUUGGUCAUUAUGUUUCUAUGGCGACCGUCGGCCAAUAACCAGAGGUACGCCUUCAGUCCUCUGGUGGAUGAAGAGAGCGAUGAAGAGGAGAAGGAGCCCAUGAUGAACGACGCUUUUGAAGGGGUGAAGAUGAGGGGCAUGAAGAAUGAGGCCAACGGCUCGACCAAAGCCAACAAAGUGGAUGAGGACCUGAAGUGGGUUGAGGAGAACAUCCCAUCAUCUAUGGCAGAUGUCGCCCUGCCGCCCCUGCUGGACUCUGACGAGGAAACGAUGACGACGAAGUUUGAGAUGUCCAAGAUGGAGUGAAGCACAAAAGAGGAGUUUUUUUUUAAAAAACCAAGAGACUAUGGCAUCACCGAGAGGUACGCCCACGUGACGAGGAGGAGGGAGAGAUGAAGCGAUGGAUGAAGGAGGGAACCGAUGGGAGCGAGCUCACUGUCGCCGUGUGAUUUCAUCCCUGAACUUAUGAGCUUUGUAAGCCUUGACCUGUACAUACGCUGGGAGCAGAGUCGAGCGGCAGCGACGCUCAGAUCCUUUUAUUUGGUUCUUUUUAUUUCCUGUUUGUACUUAAACGCCUCUCUCUGUAUACUCUGCACACACAAACAGUAUAUUUUGACAGAUUUAACGUUAAAUGUUUUGUGCUUGUUGGAUUUUUCACGUUUACACGCGCAGGUUUUCUGUCUCGUCACUCUGCGUUGUCACUGCAGUGGGUUUUGGGGGCUUUUUUGGUUUGUUUGUUUUUUUAAGAUGAAUGAAAAAUUUGUGUUUUGAUUUCUUCAACCUGCAGAGACUUAAAUUGUGAAUCAUAAAAGUAAAAUGUGAGUAAACAUUGAGUAUUUCUGAUGAGGCUGAAGUUUGUCUUUCAUGCCAGUUUUGUGUUUUCGUGGAGCUUGUCUAAUUCUCAUUAUUAAUUCAUAACUUAACAUCCUUCCUGUGCUGAGACGGCUUGUUUGAGUUUGACACAUUCUGCAGGUUCCGGUUUAGAUACCGUAAAACCUGCGACGAGGCCCCGACGCACAGGGUUUCGUUACUGCACAGAAAUGAGCAGAAAAACAAAACGGCGCAGUCGGUCUUUGGUUUUAGUGAUAAUUUAGGUUUAUUCUUCGAUCAUAAUGCCAAAAGUCAGACUUCGGAGUCUGGCUGGGGGUAAAAUCAUAGACUGUAUAUAAAAGAUGCUUUCCUAAAUGUUGGCGCUUUGGUAGCCAUGUUGUCUGUUUGGAGCCAGCGGGGACUGUAUUUGGAUGAGAGCUGAGGUGCCGCAUUAUUAGCUAACAUGGCUAACACACUCACAUCACAGAUACCUACUAAUUAGUCCUCGACUUUCACUCAGACUUCAUGGUUACUACAGUAACCUCACAGCAGCCAUAUCAUUGGUCAGAUGAUGUCAUUAAAAAGGCUCCAACAGUACAAACAGGGUCCAGAGGUCCAGUUCAGGGACUGGAAUUAGCCGAGGUACCAGGCUGAAGCUGCCUGUGAAAGUUUUUAACUUGUCGAUUUACUUGUUUCGGCUCCUUUUAGUGUUUUCUGUCAGACUGUGAGAAGUUUAAAGCUAGUUCUGCUGGUCCUCUGCCAUAAAAGGUUUCACAGCAGGUGGUUUGAUUUUGCAGAUUUACGCUGGAUUCCCUUCCUGAUGCAACCUCACAGGGGAAUUGUGGCUCUGGCUUGACCCAGCGACCUUUUUCCUGCCAAUUGAAUGUAUGAAUCACAGCCCCGUGGAGCCCCUGUCAGAUUUUUUACAAGUCUAAAAGAACCCGGCAAACACUCAGACACACCAAAGUAGUAAAUUCUCCAAACUCUGGUUGUAUCGACAAAUUUACAGUCAUCUACCUGGAAGGUUGAUAGUCUGCAUGCCAGAGUAUUCCUGUGCAUCUGCUCUCAGAUGCAUCCACGGCAGUGUGAAUGUUAGAAACGGUGCUUGUGUCAGUGAGACACGCUGGAUGAAGCCCUUUGAGUGUGCAGUGUAAGAACCUGUCCAGUCACCAUCACGACUUGUUAGAUCCACUCUUGCCCGAUCAGUGUUUCAGUCUGUUGGUCACUUUGUCGACUUCUCCUCGUCCAAGCACCGACCAAAGAUUCCGGGUCAGAUUACGAUACGGGAAUUUUCCUGCCCCUGAAUCCAAAGUUUCAAGAUUUCUGCAAACUUCAGAUCAUGUUUGUCUUGUGACAUAAAGCUCCAUCAUGCUGGAAGGUGCACAGAUUGUCAGCAGAUUGUUCCUGGAUAGUUGCAGGAAGUCGGUCUCUGAGGAUUCUUUCAGUAUAUUUCAAAUUGAUUUGUUUGCCGGUAAAAUUACCUCUGGUUAGUCUUCACUGCAUAAGAGAAUUUUUUUUUAAAGGCAAAGUGUUUGAAACGAAACUGCCGCUGACUCACUUUUGGAGCCUCGAGUGGACCCUGGAGGAACUGUAGCUUUUGGAGGACUUGGCUAAUGAGUGAUGUCACAAUGGCUGCAUCCAUCUUUUAUAUUCAAUUCAGUUUUAUUUAUACAGCGCCAAAUCACAACAACAGUCACCUCAAGGUGCUUUAUAUUGUAAGGUAGACCCUACAAUAAUACAUAUACAGAUAAACCCAACAAUUGUAUGACCCCCUAUGAGCAAGCACUUUGGCGAGAGUGGGAAGGAAAAACUCCCUUUUAACAGGAAGAAACCCUGGAGGCUUCUUCCAGUCUGUGCUUCAGCCCCGGGAAAAUGUCUCAUAUUCAAACUUUGCACCAUCUUUUUAUCUGUCUGUUCGGCCGCCUGCAGUGUCUUCUCUCUCAGGCACACACACUCCUGACACAGCCCUGUGUGUGUGUGUGUGUGUGUGUGUGUUUCAGUUAAAGUGUUGACGCUGACUUGUCUGGAUGGACUAAAUGCUCCAUGAAUCGCCCGGAUCAGCUGCAGGACAACUCUCCCUGUGUGCUGCCUGCUCCCAUCAGCCUGCAGCGCUCGCUCGCUUUCACAGAAAUCAGCUCCACUUUCGGCUUUUUCUCAGUGAGGUUUGAGGCUGGACUUUUAUUUUGGAGGGCUGCUGUUCCCGAGUCAUAUUCAGUGUUUUGUGUUUUCUUACAUAAUGCAGCUGCUCUCAUAAAGUGGACCUACAGCAAAUCCCGAGCAGAUAAGACGGGUCUGACAGCGAGCAUUGUCUCAUUUUAAAUCCAGCGAGCAGCAGCUGUUACAGAUGAAAAGUGCGUCACAUAAAUAAAAUCCAUGUAAUGCAGGCUUUGAGCAUUACACUGGAGUAUGUGGCGCAGCGUUCGCGCAGCAGAGUGUGAUUACGUUAAAUUUAGAUGAAAAGUAAAAACCAAACAUCUGUUCCUGCUGAACUGUGGACGCAGGAGUCGCUCAGAGUCGUCUGCGGCGAUUACCGUUUGUCUCUUUGAAAAGUGUGUUUUUAUAUCAGCUGUGAUGUUGGGGAGAAACUUUGUUUUCCACUUCAGCCUGUAAAAUAAUUUUGCUGUUUGCUUUGUAAAAAAAUCUGAAGUUGUUAAUAAAAAGUAAGUUAUGA